GAGGUGUGAUAACAUCUCUUACAGCACCAGUUCACAGUUCACACUCUUCAGAAUAAAUAGGGGAUGAAAACAAGUUUUAUUACACAGAAACAUAUGUUUUAAAUAACAAUAAUAUAUUAAGUGAAAAAUCAGGAAGCGUGUGGAUUAUAGGUAUUGGAAUUAUUGGAUAACCUGAAAGGCUACACAACGCAAUUGUGCUCAAUAUCAUUAUUAAUUUUUAACAUUCAUUAAAAAACAAUACGAAAAUGCCAGUACCGUGUAGAGCUGGUUGUGGGAAAAAUGCGAUGUUAAAGCGGCCUAAAACAGGAGAUGCUCUAUGUAAAGAAUGUUUUUUCUGGGCGUUUGAAACAGAGAUACACUUCACAAUAACAAAAGGGGAACUUUUCAAAAAAGGUGAUUCUGUUGCUGUCGCUGCAUCAGGUGGUAAAGACUCAACCGUUCUAGCUCACGUUUUGAAAACUCUGAAUGAAAGAUAUAAUUAUGGCCUCAAUCUCAUGCUAUUAUCUAUUGACGAGGGGAUAACUGGUUAUCGAGAUGAUAGUCUUGAAACAGUCAAACAGAAUAGAGAUGACUAUGAAAUGGCACUGAAAAUAUUGUCGUACAAAGAGCUGUAUGGCUGGACCAUGGAUGAAAUAGUAGCUCAAAUAGGAAGAAAAAAUAACUGCACAUUUUGUGGAGUAUUCCGGAGGCAAGCCUUAGAUAGAGGAGCUGCUAUGCUCAAUGUAAAAUGUAUAGCAACAGGACACAAUGCAGAUGAUAUUGCAGAAACAGUGCUCAUGAAUGUGCUAAGAGGAGAUAUUGCUAGAUUAAAAAGAUGUACUGCAAUAUCCACUGGUAGUGAAGGAACAAUUCCCAGAGUAAAGCCUCUAAAAUACACAUAUGAAAAGGAGAUAGUGAUGUAUGCACAUUAUAAGAAACUAGUAUACUUCUCCACAGAGUGUGUAUUUGCUCCAAACGCCUAUAGGGGGCAUGCACGAGCACUCCUUAAGGAUAUGGAAAAAAUCAGGCCUACUUGCAUUAUGGACAUAAUUUAUUCAGGUGAAACAAUGGCAGUUAAAGAAGAGGUCUCACUGCCCUCUCAAAGAGUAUGCAUUAGAUGCAACUUUGUGUCUUCGCAGGAAGUAUGCAAGGCUUGUGUACUUCUAGAAGGCCUUAACAAAGGGCUUCCCAAGCUUGGUAUAGGCAAAAGUUCGAAAGCAAAAAGAAUGUUAGAAGAGUAUAAUGCAAAACAAAACAAAUCUUUAGAUGAAGCUAUAAAAGACAUCAAUGAGGAAUAUGAGAAAAAUAAUUGCAUUUCAAAAGGUAAAGUUUGCCGAUCAUCAUGUAAGAGCAAGAAAACACAAACAAACAAGGAAAUACAUAAUAAAGCUGCAGGCACAUGUUGUAACGGACAAUGUGACGGAAAACCAAACACAGAUAAUGAUAUUACUAAUACAAAAGUAAAAGUUCUUUUAAAAGAAUAUGGAUUAUCUGAACCGAUCCAAGACGAUAGUCCAAAUGUAAUAGCAGAGAAAUCAGUUCACAAUGAAGGUCCUAAAAAACUGAUAAAUGAAACAAACGAUGAUGAUUUUGAAGUAGACACACAAAAUACUGAUGAACAAAUAGUUGAUGAAGAUGAUACAUGUGGCGGAGCUUGUGGGAAAAUAGAUUCACUCCAUAUAGGUUUCUAAUAUAGACUAUAGAAGAUAAUUAUGUAAAUAAUAUACAGAUAUAUUUAUAUAAAAUA